AUGUCCUCCAAGCCUGACUCCUACCCCUCCGAGAUGGAGGCCUACGAUUCCCGUGACAACAUGACUGAGUCCGGCUAUGUCAGUGCUGGCUCUGGUGCCAGUGAAGAAUAUGUUCCCGAGAUUGUCUUCACCAAGCCUCACCUUCAAUUCCUUAACCGCCAGCUCCAGUUCCUCGAGCCUCAAGAGAUCUUGAGAUGGUGUAUCACUUCACUCCCUCAUCUCUUCCAGACUACUGCCUUUGGCUUGACUGGUCUGGUUACCCUGGAUAUGCUGUCUAAGCUCGAGGUCCCUCGCCCUCAGAUGGUUGACCUCAUCUUCCUCGACACCCUCUACCACUUUGAUGAGACCAAGUCCCUGGUCGACCGUGUGCGCCGCAAGUAUCCCAACAACAACGUGCACAUCUACAAGCCUGCCGGCGUCGACACCACUGCCGAAUUCGAAGCCAAGUACGGCACCAAGCUCUGGGAAGUCGAUGACCAGCUUUACGACUGGGUUGCCAAGGUUGAGCCUGCUCAGCGUGCCUACCGUGAAAUGAACGUCCACGCAGUCCUCACUGGUCGCCGCCGCAGCCAAGGUGGCAAGCGUGGCGACCUCGAUAUCAUCGAAGUCGACGAAGCCGGCCUUAUCAAGAUCAACCCCAUGGCCAACUGGUCUUUCUCUCAAGUUCAGCAAUACGUCAAGGAGAACGAUGUUCCUUACAACGAGCUUCUCGACCGUGGAUACAAGAGUGUUGGUGACUGGCACUCCACCCAGCCCGUUGCUGAAGGCGAGGAUGAGCGUUCUGGCCGCUGGAAGGGUCAGCAGAAGACCGAGUGCGGUAUCCACAACAAGCGUUCCACCUACGCCAUGUACUUGAUGGAGCUAGAGCUCAAGAAGCAGCAAGAAGAGGCACAGGCUCUUACCAACUCCCUCAACGCCGUCACCCCUGUGGCUUGA